AGAGCAGCGAGCACAUACUGUCAAAAACAGUCCAACGGCCACAGUGUGUGUGAGGAAACCACGCUUCCUCUGCUGGACUGAAGGCUGUUCAGACCAGUAGGCUGUGUUCCCCAGGGCGCAAGUAUUUCAACAAAAAGGAUGGCUCUUCUGUGUGCAGUUUUCCUUCCAGCCUUUCUUCUCUGUUCUGGCUGGUCUUCACCUGCCUUAGAUAAAGUCUGGGAGGAGUGGACCAUCAAACAGGGCAAGGAUUACAAAAACCAGACUGAGAUCACGUUCAGAAGAGAAGUCUGGGAGAAGAACCUGCAGCUGGUGUCGACACAUAACCAGGAAGCAUCAGCAGGAAAACACAGCUUCACCCUGGAACUGAACCACCUGGCUGAUAUGACGGCAGAUGAAGUUAACGAGAAGCUGAGUGGCUUGGAGAAGGAGGAGCUGGAUCAGUUCAGAAAUGACACUUUUAAGGAAACCAGCGGCAUACAAAUGCCUCUGAGCGUUGACUGGAGGGAGAAAGGCCUGGUCAGUCCAGUCCAAAACCAAGGCAUGUGUGGGUCCUGCUGGGCCUUCAGCUCUCUGGGGGCUCUUGAGGGCCAGAUGAGCAGACGAACAGGCGUCCUUAUUCCUUUGAGUCCUCAGAAUCUGGUGGACUGUAGCACAAGUGAUGGAAACCAUGGCUGCAGAGGCGGAUACAUCACAAAGUCCUACAACUACAUCAUCCGCAACAGAGGCGUUGACUCAGAGAGCUUCUAUCCCUACGAACAUCAGAAUGGGAAAUGUCGCUACUCUGUCAAAGGAAAGGCUGGAUACUGCUUGAAUUUCCGUAUCCUCCCCCGUGGUGUUGAGAAGACUCUGCAGGAAGUGGUGGCCACAGUCGGUCCUGUAGCUGUGGCGGUCAACGCCAUGCUGCCAUCUUUUCAUCUGUACAGAGGAGGUCUGUACAACGUCCCCAACUGUAACCCAAGCUUAAUAAAUCAUGCUGUUCUUGUUGUGGGCUAUGGCACCUACAAAGGACAGGACUUCUGGCUCGUAAAAAACAGCUGGGGGACAACAUGGGGAGAGGAAGGUUUCAUUCGAAUUGCCAGGAACAAGAAUAACCUUUGUGGCAUUGCCACCUUUGCUGUUUAUCCUACACUGUAAAAACAUCCUACAGUCACCUGAUGCAUGUGAAUGUCACUGUCACCUCCGACAGAAGUACCUUUGUUCAUUUUCACUGUUACUAUGGGAACAACACUUUUCCAGCUUUGUACCUUUAGACAUGUUUCUGUCACUCAAACUUUAAGGGUCAUAUACUAGAUUUGAUAUUAGUGUUUAUGUGUGUUCAUAGUUAAAGGUUCAUAGAGACAUAUGAAAUAUAAUUUAUGUGCUGGAGUUAGUAUUUUGUGUUAAAACACUGUAAAUAAAUAUAAGUUGUUCACUUGUUCAAUUAGACCUAACUUAAGAAGAGUCUGAACAUACAAAGUCAAUCACAGAUGGUCAGUUGGGAACAUUUUUCGAAAUCUGGGGAUUUGAUUAGGUUUUAGAUGCAGCCAUGUUCUUUAAAUCACACCAUAUCACCAAGCCCCACAAGUCCCAAAAGAUAUAUUUACGUCUUGUUUGCACAACUUAUCUUGUGGAAACUUCACACGUUUUCUUGUGGAUUGGGACCUUUGACCGUGUGUUUGUACCUUGAGCUAAUAAUAGGGUGACCAUAUCUUAAAUUUCAAAAAAAGAGAACACUCGGCUCCACCUUCAGAUACUUGAUCAUACUCCAUGUAAGCACCGUAGUAUUCGUGCCUAUAACCUUGGUGAAAAUAUUUCAGUGAGACAGGCUGCUUGAAAUGAUUUUAUUAUUCUAGCUGUGGAAGUGUCAUAGAAGCUGCUGUGCAUGUGCUUGUGUCCUUUUAUUCAGGACUACUUCUACUUUCAAGAUCUGGCAAGAUCAGGUUUUGUGUUACUGUGUUUUAGGUGUCAUAACAGUGUGUAAAAAUAGAAAAAA